AUGCCGCUCGUGAGCGCGUCCAUCGACGCGUUCCUCAUUCUCGCCAUCGCCGUCCUCAUCCCCGCCCUCGUCCUCUUCCGCCACCAUGCCUCGCAUCGGGCCUUCAGCUUCCGUGAUGCGCUCGCCCUCUUCGUCCUCCUCCACUCCCUCUUCGUCCUCUACGUCCUCGUCGUCCGCUGGCCGCCAAACGUCUUUCAACGACUGAAGAUCCCACUAAAUGCGCACUCGGACCACAUUCGCGCCCUCCUCCUCCACCGCGCGGGACUCGCUCGGGACGCGGCUCUGCCGCAACCUCUCGAGUCGCUCCUCACGCGUCUCGAGUCCUUCGACAUGCGCACGCUCUACGUCCGCUUCGGGCAGACAGUCCUCCAGGACUGCGAGUACUGCAAUCUCUUCAACGAGUUCGCACUCUACGCCGCGCCUCAACUUGCACUCGGAUACGGCGUUGAGGGCGCCGUGGUAGGCCUGGUCACCGCCGUCAGGAGCGGUCGCGAGCAGUGGCGGCCGUAUGGGGUUGCUGCGCUCGUCGGCGCCGCGCUCGCGGAGGCAUUCUGGCUCGCCACCGCGCCAAUAGACAUCCCGCGCGACGGAUUGGGCGUGUUCAUGUGGCACGACAACCUCCGCCUCUUGCGGCUUCUCUUGUUCCUCCUACUGCCUCCGCUCAUCCUCAUCCUCCCCUUUCCCUUUCCCUCCGCCGCCACCCUCCAGAGCCAAGCCCUCGCACCCGCCACUGUCGACGCUCUUGCCGCCGCACAAAACACCCUCGCGGACACCAAAACGCGGCUGAACGCCCUGCGUUUCCUCAACGCCGCCGCGGCCCGCGAGCCCGCGCUCCGUGCCGCCUCCGCGGCGUUUUGGGACCGCCAGCGGGAGGAGGGCGCGAUCGCGCGGGCGGAUCCGUACGUGCGUCAGGCCGCGCGGGACCUCGGGCGCGGGUUCGCGACGGAAGGCGAUGCGGACGCGCGCGAGGUCGGGGGCGCGAACGGCCCGAUGAGGGUGCGGGUGAGGGCGUUCGCGCGGACGGUGAUGGAGCUUGUCGCCCCUCCGCAGGCGGCGAAGGCUGCCGGAAAUGCACAGUGA